UUCCCCUUCCCCUUCGGUCUUCACACAGAGCUUUCCCUCUGACUGUCUUCUUUCUCUCUGUCUCGUUCCCCUUAUUUCCCUCUAACAUAUCUGCUUCAUUGGAGCUUCCCAUGGCAGGAAAGAUCUCCACAUUAAUCUUGACCGUUGACCUUGAUUGUUAUAUCUGUUCUAAGAAGAUCAAGAAGACCAUUUGCAAACUCCAAGCCCGAGAGAAAAUCGAGACGAUCACCUUUGAUGAGAAGAAUAAUACUGUAACGAUUUCUGGGUUCUUUGAUCCCCAAAAAUUAAAGAAGAAGCUCUUAUGCAAAGCAUGUAAGGUGAUUAAGGACAUUAAGAUCAAAGAGGAGGAGAAGCCUAAGGAGAAAGAGAAGCCUAAGGAGCAGGAGAAGCCCAAGGAGAAGCCGAAGGAGCAGGAAAAACCGAAGGAGAAGGAGAAGCCGAAGGAGCAGGAGAAGCCCAAGGAGAAGGAGAAGCCGAAGGAGCAAGAGAAACCCAAAGAGAAGGAGAAGCCCAAGGAGCAAGAGAAGCCCAAGGAGAAGGAGAAGCCAAAGGAACAGGAGAAGCCCAAGGAGAAGGAGAAGCCCAAUCCUGACCCGGUUCAACAGUACCAGCCUUUCUGGCCUGUCUAUCCAGCCUUCCCGACCUGCUGCUGGCGACCGUGCUAUGAGCAAUAUUAUGGCGGCUGCCGGUGCUCUUCCUGCGGAAUGCCCAUCGGGUGGACGGCGCCGCCACCGCCACCUGCUGGAGGCUACAUGACCGUCCCCUCCUCUUCCACCUGUCAGUUCUUCUGCGAGGAGGAUCCUUCUUCAUGUACCAUUAUGUAAUCAUGAAUAUUGAUCGAUGUCUUUCUUAAGGGAGUAAAUUUUUCUUCUUCUUCUUCUUAAUUUUACGUUCAACUGUCCUGUCGUCCCUUUCAUUUGUUCAUCUCUCUAAAGUCUAAAGCAUUAAGUUAUAAUAACUUAAUGAUGUAUGCCAAUUUCAUAAUAAUAUGAUUUCUUU